AAGAAAAAGAAGAAGAAGAAGAAGAAACGUCAAAAUUCUAAACUGUUUCUGACAACAUCCUAAGGUGUAGGGAGGCUAUUUGUCUGAACUUGGAGCUCGAAGCCGGAAACAAAAAGUUAGAUAAGUAUAUUUGUGAUUAAUUUGCUUCGGCUCUUGCCAGAAACACCCCUACAGAGUCUAUAGGGCGAGGACGGGGGCGGGAUAACAGGACAGAAGGCUGGCUUUAAGGCUGUGCGCUGACGCCUUCUUCUGUAACGUUAGUGUAGUUAGUAAGGUAACCUAAGAUAACGCUAUCUUUUGAUUAUUAGCCAUUUAAUUUGAAAAUGGCCACAGACGAACUUUCGUCCAAGCUCAGUCGUCGGCUCCAGAUCGAAGAAGGAGCAGAGGAUCCUGUUGCUGUGGACGUCAGCGGGUACCAGAAUGGGUCGGAAGAGAAACCGAGUACGGCCAAUGCAGACUCUGAGCUCGGCGCUAAGCUGAUUCGGAGAGAAGAGCUGAACGAGGGGCAGGGUGAGCACUGCCAGCCUAGCAUGAAGGUCUUCAACCCAUACACCGAGUUCAAAGAGUUCUCCCGAAACCAGAUCAAAGACAUGGAAAGGAUGUUCAAAACGUAUGAUGCUGGGAAAGACAACUACAUUGACCUGAUGGAGCUGAAGCUGAUGAUGGAGAAGCUCGGAGCUCCACAGACCCACAUCGGCUUGAAGAACAUGAUCAAAGAGGUGGACGAGGACCUGGACAACAAGCUUAGCUUCAGAGAGUUCCUACUCAUCUUCAAAAAGGCAGCAGCAGGAGAGCUGGCAGAAGACAGCGGCCUCAGUGUCCUUGCUCGCCUCUCUGAAAUCGACGUUUCCACAGAGGGGGUCAAGGGAGCCAAGACUUUCUUUGAAGCCAAAGUCCAGGCCAUCAAUGAGUCCAACCGUUUUGAGGCAGAAAUCCGCCAGGAGCAGGAGGCCAAGAAGAAGCAGGCCGAGGACCAGAAACAGAGACGCGCUGCUUUCAAAGAACUCCAGUCAGCCUUCAAGUGACCGCCUCCAUCUCCUCUCAGGACCUGUCGCUUUCUGUGCUGCACUUAUGCUGUCAGUUUGUCAAUGUGUGUGUUUGAAUGCUCCAUGUAUGUCCGUGGUAGUCCCGAGUCAAACACAGGCUCAAGGUGCCCGACAUGCUGGUCACUAUUCCAAGAUAUAUUUUGUAUAUUAUAGUAAAUUGGCACUGCUUAUUAGGGCUGGGUUUAAAAGAAAUCAAUUUUCCAAUUCAGUGUGAGUGAUCUGAUAACUAUUCAGAAACAGAUUGAUCUUUUAAGAGGCUCCGUUUUAAAAGUAGACUGAAGACAUUGGUAUCAAAUGAAACUAGACAAUCUAAGGAAUCCUCCAAAGUUAGGUGAGAUUUUGGCAAGGACAAAAAAUUGGCAUGGCCAUUCAGGCCAUGUAGGGCUUUAGGUAUACUGUCUCUGCAUCACAUCCUCUGCACUAAAGAAAGCACACGUUUUUUUUCUGUCUCUAUGUAACAGCUUUGGGGUCAAUUCUUAAAGACAACAUUAAUAUUUGAAUUAAUGCACCAGGUUAGAGGGUUUCUUGUACAAUUUACAGCAUCUGAAAAUCUUUUUGUACAUCCAAGCAAAAUUGGUAUCGUAACUAAAAUAUCCCUAAUCAAAUCGAUAUAUAAUCAAAUCAAAUCGGUACUGUGAAUCAGAUUUGAAUCGAUUCAAGAAAUAACUGGUGAUACCCAGCCCUACUGCUUAUGCAGAUCAUCUUUAAAGAAUAAUUGAUUUAUCCGUCUAGCAUCGUUUUUUUUGUAUUUUUUUCUUUUUAGCUUUGUAGCUCAGUAACACUCUCAAACAACUAUAGCAGGAUUACCAAUAGAGCAGUCUAUGCUGAGCUAAAUGAAUGGAUGAUUCUUACAAUAUUUGUCAUCCAUCCCUGAAAGCUGCUUUUUACCCAAAUGUCAACUCUGUGGCUCUCUGGAUCACCACAGUGGGGGUUCAGCUCCAGCAAAAAAAAAAAGGUAGAAAUGAUUGUCAGUAUCAUAACUUUCCAGAGUAGUGAAAUCCUGCCUCAUAGUAAUAUAAAUUGCUCGGCAGUGUUUUGGUGUCAAACUCAUGGAUUUGUCACUCUAGUCGGCUUACAUAAAUGUCUAACCUGUACCUGACACAAAAUGCGCACAGCCAUUUGCUGUGUGUUGUCUUUUCUGUAAUCUGUGGCCAAAAUAAUCCAGUGUCCAUUUCUUUAUAUUUGUGUAGACUAGUGAUAAAUGCACUUUUUCCACUGUUUUGGCUCCUCUGUAUGUCAGCUUGUCUGAGAUAUAUUUGACCACUCAUUCCAGAACUCGUAUUAAAUCCACCGUGACACAAGUUAGUGUUUAAUGAUGAACAAAUAGCUGAGCUCUUUGUUUUUAUUGUCGGCUCUGUAUUUUUCUACAAUGGGUUUGGGUGGGUAUUGAGUAAAUUUUGGUAUGUGGUUUGGGAUGGUUGUGGUGGUGGUUAUUCUUCAGCACCAUGUUUUGUAUGGGCCCUCUUAAGCACAGCUUUAAAAUAUAUAUUUUUUUAAAUGUGGGUCUUCUUUUUCUAGUUUCAGCCAUUAUUCCUAUCCUAUCAGCUCUGUUACCAUUAUAUUAUCAAAUCCUUGUUUAUUUCAUUGUUUUUCCACUAGCUGCUUUUUCAAAAAAUCAAGUUCAAACAAAUGAACAAGUACAAAUACCCACAAGUCACAAACGCAUAUGUUUGAAUUGAUUGUAAUGCAACCAAUAUAUUCUAAUCACAGGGAAGGAAAUGAAUGAAGAAACAUCCCUUUAACCUAGUUAGGUUAAAGGGAUGUUUCUUCAUUCAUUUCCUUACUAUGUGUGAAACCUGUUGACUUCACAUUUGUUGUCAUGGUAAUGCAGGUGCAUUUUUAAAAGGGAGCAAACAGCCUCACCUUUAUCCACAAUUAUUCCAUCUCUGAUGUUAAAUCCCAAAUGCUUUCUCACAUUACUACUCAGAUGGUUUGGUGUCAUGAUUACUUGUUCGCUGUGGCUCGCUAGCUUCCUCCAUUUUUGUAAUAAAGGGAACAACAAAUAGUCUCAGUUAUUGACAGGGCAUGCAGUAGGUCAGUAACCAGAGUGCAUUUAAUUAAUGCCUUGCAGUAACGUCACUGAUUUAAAAAAAUAAAAAUAAAAUUCUUUACACAUUACAGUGUUAAUUAGUGCCGGUUUGAUUGUAGCUCUGCCUGAAUUAGCUACUUAUUAGCUGUAGAGAUAAAUGGUCUCUUUCACAUAUGCAUUUAUUUCAUGGAUUAUUUCUGAACAAAAAUGGACUAGCAGGGGAACACUGGGCAACUGAAGUAAUGCAAACUUGUACUGAUGUGAUGUAUUACAGUGAAGCACUUUCUAGGUCACGUAUCAGAAAAAUAUUCUUAUGGAUGAUGUAAUUCAACUGUAUGCCCUUGUCCUGGAUAUAUUUAAAGCAUUCAUCAAACGUGUCAAACACACCUGCCAAAUUUCACACUUUUGUGUGAUCUUCAGGAUUAUCACUUGCAAUAAACUAAAUCUAAUAUCUUUAAUUUUGGUGUCAUGGCACAGUGCAAUUUAAAUUAGUUUUAGGGCAGAUUUGUUGUCAAUGAAUGUUUGCUUUGGAGCCAUUUUGUAAAUGUAUGAGGUUAGAAACAUUUGGUUAGUACUGUGUAACAUAAUAUGCAAGCUCCCAUAGUGUUGAUAGUGUUAUGGUGCUGUUUGUUGAUGUAUGCCAGCACUUCACAGCACAUUGUGACUGAAAUGUUACUCGUGAAUGCUUUCCCAUGAAUGUUCAAAAAAUAUUUUAUCACAGUAUGAAAAUACUCCUCCAUUUUUAGGAUGCAGGUUUUCUUUGAAAUGUCCUCUAAGUUCAUGUUGUUGAUAGUUGAAUUCACAGUUGGGUUUUGCAACUUCGUUAGUAAGCUAGGAGGAACUUUGGGGAUUUCAGGGUUCAAACAUGUCUUGUGUAAAGGGUGGUCAGUGAAUAGUUGUGAUUUUUGUCAGAUGUAUCAUGUUUUUCCAUGUGAAAUUAAUAACUGUUGUUGCCUGCUGUAACAAAACACUGGUAGCUGUAAUAUUUGGAUUUUUGUGUUGAUUUUUGUGCUACUGAUUUUUUCCAAAAUUCCCUCAAGAUUCAAAAGAAGCCCCAUUUCUUUUGGAAAAUGCAAAACAAAAACAAAUGAAGUGUCCUUGUGUGUUUCUCCAUUGAUUGUGUCCAGGAUAUGCCAACACUGUAUUAUGUAAUAGAGGGGUAACAGGAAACAAAAGUUUCAUUUAUUUUAAACGUCAUUCCAUUAAAUAUGACCUAAAUACUGAUAAAGAAUUCCAUGAAUACCUCAACUGAAUUCUCCCAAAUCAUUGCGUAAUGUCCUUAUUGUUACCAGAAUAGUGCCAAAUGUUUAAGCUACUGUCAUUAUGCUCAGUCUAGUGGAACUGCACUCUACAGCAACAUCAAUGUGAAUGUAAAUUAUAUCUACAUUGUUAUUUAGAUAGCUGUUGGCCAUUGUCAGCAUUUUCUUUUCAUUCUUGGUACAGCAUUCCAUCAUACUACUCUCAUGAACAUUAUAGGCUGAAGUGGCAUGUAUGCAUUUUUUUCUGCUGCAAUCCUUUGCCACUGAGAGACAUGUUUCCAGUUGGGAGGGGAUUUGGGGUCUCUGGGCUGGAUAACAAUCAGGGAGGGGAUUUUUUGGUAUGUUGAAAAACUGUAAUACACCUUAUGUUGAUUUCCAAUAGUAGGCCUAUGCAUCCUUUUGUCACAAUAAAUUGCCCAUAGAUUGUG